AUGCCGAAGCCAACUCAGUCGACUAAGUCCAGCAAAGACGCAGAAGUUAAGGCGCCGCUUCAAUUUUUCAAUCAUGCUAAGGUCAAGAAGGCAGAAGAUCUUAAGGUGGCUUUAGAGGAGGAAAGUCUGAAGCCACAAACCUCCACUACGAAAGGAUAUUCCAUUAAAAUCCUCGAAGAUCGUAUUGAAUUGGUUGCUGAUAAGAAUGUCAAAAAGCUUCCGAUCAAAAAGAUAAAAUUUUCGAAAGUGGAGAGGAUCAUCCCAAGUGCGGAGACUCUACGUAUCUACAUGGGUUGUCGACAUGGAAAGACGGCGACGGUGACUUCGUUUGGCUUUACUGAGGAGUCUGUCUAUUACACUCUAAUGAACUAUCUGGCACAAACGCGUGGGUUGGUUGUUGAUUCCACAAGUAUUGCCAAUCAGAAUUCGAAAUCUAGCACAGCUACAACAACAUCAGAGUUGCAAAAUAACUUUGAUUUGGAUGACACGACUUUGCUCAAUCAUGAAAAUAUUAAUUUAGCCGGAGAAGCUUCGCGAAAAUAUACAACCAGCUACGUUCUUUGGGAAGAAAUUGAAUCCACUCGAAAGCAUGGGCCUGUCGAAAAUCAAGUUCCCUCCAAGGGUGUCGCUAUCGAUUCCAAAGAUGACUUUGAAAUUAAUAAAGAGGACACCGAAGUGAAUUCAGACGAUCAAACUGAUGUAAUCACCGAAGAAACCCAAAAAUUCCAGAAGGUUCAGCAUUGCCCAUGCUGUCUUCAGAACUUAGGAAUAAACUUAGAAAUAAAAGGUCAUGGUGACAGGGCCUAUGCGCCAUCAUCGAUCGACUGUCGGACUUGUUCGAAUUUUCCCACACAUUUUUCGCAGAAUUAUAAACGUCUUCAUCCCAGUCAGCCUCCACAUCGACAAGACCAAACAUUAAAUGAGGGUAUAUCUAGUGUUAACGAUGAGCCUACACUUGGAAAAUACGAAAAUCCUGAACCAGUUGAACGAUAUUCACCUAAUAAACCACGUCAAGUAUCGCAACCCCAAGCUUCGACAAAGCAUGAUGGAAAAGCUGGCUUUCCAGUGCUGCCACGGCCGCCACAAUUACCACAAAAGAUUAAACCCAGUGCUCAAAUGAAACCUCAACGUAGUUGGACCGCUAAAUCUUCUUCCUCAUCUGGCUACACUAGUGAUUCAACUCAUGAAGAUAGUUUGGAACUCAAAGUCAAUUCCUCCUUUUCAGGCAAGUAUGUGAGAGACAAGAAACGCACGGUGACGGGAAGAGUGAAGGGCACGGUGAGUCACGGUAAUAAAGAACCCCAAAAGUUCUACUACCGAAAGCCUAACUCAGGUUUGCCGCGUUUUCCUCAAUUGAAAAUUCAAUAA